CUGUAUAAAAAAAAAUUUAUAAAUUAAUUUUUUCUUUAAGGACAAGAUUUUGUAAUUUUUAAAUAUUAAAAAUGAAUAAUUCAACGACUAUUUUAAAUCCAGAACUAUUCAACUCAUUUUUGCAUCGAAAAACAAUUAAUUUUACACAGGUGAUAGAAAAAAAUUUUAAAAUUAAACGAACAAAAACACUUGCAACUUUUGUUCCCGAAGAAAUUAUAAUGUCAUUUGAACCAACAAAGAAGAUUUUACGUAAAUUUAGUGGAAUUUUAUUAUUAGUUGAUAUUUCAGAUUUUUUUAAAUUAAUUGAAAAUUUCACUGAUGGUGAAAAUGGUGGUUGUUUUGGAUUUUUAAAUAUUUUCAAUAAUUAUUUAAACAUUAUUAUUGAACAAAUUAAUUUUCAUAAUGGUGAUAUUCUUAAAUUUACAAGAGAUGGAUUGUUAGUUUUGUGGAAAGUUCAUAAGAACAUUUUAAUAUUUCAAUUAAUUGAAAAUAUCAUUGUUUGCUCACUUAGCAUUCAUGAGACUUUAAAAUCCGUUAACAAUGAAACGCUAUUAAACUUAAAAGUUAAAACGGUGAUUUCGACAGGUCACAUAAUUUUUUCAGUAAUAGGAAACGAAAAAAGUAGACAUAUCAUAGUCGCUGGUCCAUCAGUGAUGGAAGUGAAAUCUUUAAAAAACAAUUGCACUCCAGGCGAUUUAAUAUUAACUGCAAACGCAUGGGAACAUUGCGCACCUUCGAAUUAUGAAUAUGUUAUUAAGGCUGAAAAUAGCGUUCAAAUUAUAGGAAGAAGAACAAAAAAUUUUGUAAAAAGAAAAAUGCCUUUUGAAAUCAACACAUUGUCAAGGAAAAAAGCCAAAUUUUCAACUUCCUUUACAACUAAUUUAUUGAUACCUAAAACAUUAAUUCAAGAUACAUUUUCACAUUUUGUGCCAAAUUUUAGAAAUUUCAAAAAUGCGAAUAAUUAUCAAAAACCAUUUACAGGUCGAUUAGGAAUUACAAAAGCUGUUCAGAAUGGAAUUGGAGAUAAAUUAAAAUUGUUUAUAAUUAAUUCUGUUGUUAAGGAAAUUGAAAAUAAUCAAUCACUUGACAAUUUAACAGAAAUUAAAAGAGUGACUAUUCUUUCUGUCAACGUCAAUCCACUUAAAUCUUCAGUUCUCGAAUUAAUUAAAUUUAUUGAUGAUUGUUACAUUCAAAUAUCAAAGUAUUGUUUUGUUAUUUUUUUCAAGGAAAAUAUAUUUUUGAUUUAAAAAAAAUGGUUUUUAAAUUCAAAACAAUUAAAAAACAUUUUUUUAAAACAAAAGUAAUUUUCUUUCUUUAUCCAGUAUUAUUGAUGAGAAUAAUGGAAUAAUAAACGUUAAUUUACAAGAAAAUUUUACAAAUUUCGAAAUAAUUUUUGGACUCGUCGAUUGUUUCGACAGUACAGCAAAAUUAGGAUUAAUUUUAGGACGUAAAAUUUUAAAUUUACUUAAAUCAAAUUUAAAUUUGCAUGAAAUUGC